AUGGAGGAAAACCCUCGCCGAUUUGCAGCCUAUAAUGUUCCGUCAAUCAUUCUCGUCGUUGUUGCUGAUGUUGCCCUACUGCAACGAGGAAGACCACAAAAAAUGAGGGUUGCUGCUGCGGCAGCCAGGAAUUACAAUGCCGCCGCCUUCUGGACUUGGCCCACAGCCAAUAUCACUACAUUGACUUUGUGCAAGGCUUUGAGAAUACGAACUGCCGUGGAUCAGGAUUUGGAUGGUUGUUUAUGUUACAGUAUAACCCGGAACGAGUUGGGGGUGAAUUUGUUCUGCAACAUCCUAAUGGCGAUAGAGUAA